ACUGGUUGUGUUUGUGAGUUGGUUCUCAUUCUUGAUGAAUAAUUUAAUCAAUUUUGAUGAACUUUUCGAGUGAUAUUCGAUGAAGUGGUUGAACUUGUGGCACUGAAGUGGCGCUCCCCGUUCCGGGCCGCCCCAGGCGCGUACGGCAGCCGCGCAAAACCGGUUUCCGCGCCACCGAUGCCAGGGGGCACCAUGCAACUGCGUCACCAUGAACCCAUUCCUCCCACCCACGAGUACACUAAACCGGUUCCGCGCAACCUCGAGUACACCAAACCGGUUCCUCCGACCCCUCAGGAACCACCACCACCACCCUACCUAACCGCUGAACUGCUCGCCGAACGCACGCUGGAUGGCCUGCUUGCCGAACAUCCCGGCGAACUGGUUCGAACCGGUUGUCCGCAUGUGGUGUGCACCGUUUUGCCCGCACACUGGCGGUCCAACAAGACACUUCCGGUCGCGUUCAAGGUGGUGGCCCUUGGUGACGUCAUGGACGGGACUGUGGUCACGGUACGAGCCGGAAACGAUGAGAACUUCUGUGCGGAGCUGAGGAACUGCACGGCUGUCAUGAAGAACCAGGUCGCUAAGUUCAACGAUCUGCGAUUUGUUGGACGCAGUGGGCGAGGGAAGAGUUUCACUCUGACGAUAAUUCUGAACUCGUGUCCGCCACAGAUAGCCACCUACACCAAGGCAAUCAAGGUGACUGUUGAUGGACCAAGGGAGCCCAGGUCCAAAACAAACUUCUCCUUUAUUUCAGGGCAUCAGCAGUUCCAUCCGUUCCACUUUGGGCCGAGGCCCUUUCCCUUUGGAAACCCUUUGGACCCUCAGCGGUUAGGGGAAGGACUGCCCUUCAAACUAUCUGGCAUAGCCCACCAACUAGGCGUAGACGGAGGACCCUGGGCAGGGGCGUUCGGCCGGGGGGCCCUAGGGGGCGCCGGUUACCCACCUCACUACCAUCACACACACCCCGCACCACCACACCAUCUACAGCACCCGCACGCUCACUUCCCGCGCAUGCUCGCGCUAAGUUCUGCGGCCGCCGAACAACCUCUGCUUACUUCUCCAAGAGUGCCAGAACUAGGCCGCUCCCCCUCGCUGGAAACCCUGGGCCCCAUCAGUGUCACCGUCACCCCCCCGGCAAGCAAAAGUCCCCCCGCCAACGACCAGCCAUCAGGCCUCGGCCUCCUGACCACCGGCAGGCGAGCGAAGCGCCCGCGCCUCCAACCACCCACCUCGCCACGAUCUCCAUCCGAAGAUUGUCGACGAACAUGCACUCCCCCUCCCACCAUUCCAGCACCCCCUUUCCAUCACUCCCCGUUUUUCUCGCUUUUCCUCAAUGCUCCUCUACUUCCACCCUCACACUGGCUCUAUCCGCUGCACCCCUAUUCAGGUCUACAGUUCAGGCAAAACCUGAAUUUUAGUCCUCAACCUGCACCUGAAAGUCCAGACUCUAGGAAGACUCGUACACCUGAGGGUUCACCUGAAAAUACACCUGACGGUACACCUGAAGGGGGCAACACACCUGAAGGCUCACAGUCUUCACCCAUAGAUACAACGACGUCGCCUAGGCCUAGUAAGAAUUCCGAUGUGUGGAGGCCUUAUUGAUCUCGCAAGUGUAGACGUGUUAGUAAAAUACUUUGAACAGUGUUA